GCUUUAUUCAUAAUUGCCAAAUCUUGGAAGCAACCAAGAUGUCCUUCAGUAGGCGAGUGGAAAACUAAACUGUGGUACCUCUAGACAUUGGAAUAUUAUUCAUGGCUAAAAAGAAAUGCACUGUCAAGCCAUAAAAAGACAUAGAGGAGCCUUAAAUGCAUAUUACUAAGUAAAAGAAGCAAAUUAAAAAGACUGUGUGAUUACAAUUAUAUAAUUGUAUGUUAUUCCGGACAAGGCAAAACUACAGAGACAGACAUAAAAAAAUCAAUGGUGUCAGGGGUUAGAGGAGAGGGAGGAUAAACCGAUGGAGCACAGAGGAUGUUUGUGCUCUGUGCUCUGAGGAUGUUUGGGCUGUGAAACUAUUCUGUACUGAUGGAUAUGUGUCAUUAUACAUAGCCAAAACCUACAGAAUGUACACCAAGAGUAAACCCCAAUACCAAUAGUAAACUAUUUUACACCAAUAGUGAACUAUGGCCUUUAGGUGAUAAUGAUGUGUCAAUGUAGGUUCAUUGAUUAUUGAUUGUAACAAAUGUAUCACUCUGGUGAAGGAUGUUGAUAGUGGGGGAGGUUAUGAAUGAGGAGGGGAAGGAGUAUAUGAGAACUCUACUUUCUGCUCAGUUUAGCUGUGAACCUAAAACUGCUUUAAAAAAUAAAGCCUAUUUAAAAAAUAUACAUAACCAAAACAAAAAUAACUAUGAUAAAAAGAAAAAAAAAAAACCGGUUGCCUGCAGGGGUUAAAUGGGUGUGGAUGUGGAGGAUGGGAGAUAAAAGACAGUGGAGCCAGGCUCAAUGGCACAUGCCUAUACUCCCAGCUACUCAGGAGGCUGAGAUAGGAGGAUUGCUUGAGCCUAGAAAUUCGAGGUUACAAUGAGCUAUGGUUCCACUCCAGCUUGGGUGACAAAGCAAAACCCUGUCUCUUGAAAAAGUGGGGGAGGGGCAAAUUAAGGAGAGGGACCUUAUACUGGACCAAUAAUGAUAAAAUGUCAUGAAAUGAAGAGUUUAACUCAUUGCUCUUCACUUUCAGUCCAAAGGAAAAUGAGAUUAUUUGUAUGUGCUUCAUACAAAUUGUAUCAGCUUUAGCAGGUUACUUGUCAUAUUUUUUGUCCUCACGUCUUCACAUUUUGAACAUACCCUUUACAGGUAAGAAGGAAUUAUCCCCUAAAAUAUAAGGAUAAAAGAAUCUGGAAUCUAGGCCCGACGUGGUGGCUCACGCCUGUAAUACCAGCACUUUGGGAAGCCGAGGAGGGUGGAUCAUUUGCGGUCAGGAGUUCAAGACCAGCCUGUCCAACAUGAAACCCCCGUUCUUACUGAAAAUACAAAAAUUAAUUGGGCAGUAGUGGUGUUCGCCUGUAAUCCCAGCUACUCGGGAGGCUGAGGCAGGAGAAUCCCUCGAGCCUGAGAGGCAGAGGUUGCGGUGAGCCGAGAUCGGACCACUGCACUCCAGUCCGGGCGAGAGAGUGAGACCCUGUCUCAAAAAACAAAAAACUGUAAUCUGAACUCAAUUUUUCUACAACACACCCCCAAACAAAAACAACUUGUCUUGGCCGGGCGCAGUGGCUUGCGCCUGUAAUCUUUGGGAGGCCGAGGCGGGCGGAUCACAAGGUCAGGAAAUCGAGACCAUCCUGGCUAACAUGGUGAAACCCCGUCUCCACUAAAAAUACAAAAAGUUAGCUGGGCCUGGUGGCAGGCGCCUGUAUUCCCAGCUACUCGGGAGGCUGAGGCAGGAGAAUGGCGUGAACCCGGGGGAGGCGGAGGUUGCAGAGGUUGCAGUGAGCCGAGAUUGCGCCACUGUACUCCAGCCUGGGCGACAGAGCGAGACUCCGUCUUAAAAACAAACAAACAAAAAACAAAAACUUGUUUUGUACCUCUCCAUAGCUUAGUAUUACUUUUUAACACAAACACCUAUUGUUCUCUGUCUGCAUGCACUGGAAUUGAGGUCUGUGGAUGUGCCUUUCCUGACAAUAUUUCUUCACGCUUGCUGCCCACUGGUGCCGUGAGGGCACAAUAACGAAUGUUUACUUUGUCCUUGCACUCUUCACAUCUGGGAACCGCAAAGGAGCGCGGUCGAACUGUCAGCCUCGCCUUCUAUUCUUUGAUUUCCAGUAACUUAUUUUCGAAAGAUUGCUGGAGGGAAAGGCUCAACGUCUCUUUUGGGAUUUUCCUAAGCAGAAAGACCUCAUCCUAACAAAACUGAGGCGCCAAUCCUAUUGGCUGGCAACUUUCGGCAGGGAGGGUGAUUCUAUUUGAAGAUUAAUCCUAACUCUGGGACCCCUUGGGAAUGUCCAGGAGCUAGGAACGCAGCGUCGCGGUCUCUCCAGCCUCUGGUCCCUGGGAGCAAGCAGGGCGCCGGUGGAGCAGGUGCCUCUGGGGCCGCACGGAAACCCAGCCAGGCCAGUUCCUCCACUGCGCCGGUAGGCGGCGGAGACGCUGCGCGUGCGCGCAGGGCAGACGGUAGAGCGGAGACGACGCUCCCAGACUCCUCCGGUCUCCCCGGGCAGCCCGGACAUGAAGACCGCCGAGAACACCAGAGGAACCGGCAGCGACGGGCCGCGGAAACGAGGCCUCUGCGUCCUCUGUGGCCUCCCCGCGGCAGGAAAAUCGACUUUCGCGCGCGCCCUCGCCCACCGGCUGCGGCAGGAGCAGGGUUGGGCCGUCGGUGUUGUCGCGUAUGAUGACGUCAUGCCCGACGCGUUUCUCGCCGGGGCAAGAGCGCGACCGGCGCUAUCCCAGUGGAAAUUGCUUCGACAGGAACUGUUGAAGUACCUGGAAUACUUCUUGAUGGCUGUCAUUAAUGGGUGUCAGAUGUCUGUCCCACCCAACAGGACUGAAGCCAUGUGGGAAGAUUUUAUAACCUGCUUAAAGGAUCAAGAUCUGAUAUUUUCUGCAGCAUUUGAGGCCCAGUCUUGCUACCUCUUAACAAAAACUGCUGUUUCUAGACCUUUGUUUUUGGUUUUGGAUGACAAUUUUUAUUAUCAGAGUAUGAGAUAUGAAGUCUACCAGCUGGCUCGGAAAUAUUCGUUGGGCUUUUGCCAGCUCUUAUUAGAUUGUCCUCUUGAGACCUGUUUACAGAGGAAUGGCCAGAGGCCACAGGCACUGCCUCCUGAGACCAUCCACCUGAUGGGAAGAAAGCUAGAAAAGCCCAACCCUGAGAAAAAUGCUUGGGAACACUACAGCCUCACAAUUCCGAGUCCAGCAUGUGCUUCGGAGGCCAGCCUGGAGGUGACUGAUUUAUUGCUCACUGCUUUGGAAAAUCCAGUAAAAUAUGCUGAGGACAAUAUGGAACAAAAGGACACAGACAGAAUUAUUUGUUCAACUAACAUUCUUCAUAAAACUGAUCAGACACUCCGAAGGAUUGUAUCUCAGACAAUGAAGGAAGCAAAAGGUAAUCAGGAAGGCUUCUCAGAGAUGACAUUUAAGCAAAGAUGGGUAAGAGCGAACCAUGCAGCUAUCUGGAGGAUUAUUCUAGGCAAUGAACACAUCAAGUGCAGAAGCCCAAAGGUUGGCUGGUUGCAGUGUUGCAGAAUCGAGAAGAGGCCAUUGAGCAUGGGGUGAGAUGAACAAGUGCUUCCUCACAACUUGAAGCUUCUAGCGGAAGAACUUAACAAGCUCAAAGCAGAGUUUUUGGAAGACCUAAAACACGGAAACAAAAAAUAUCUGUGCUUUCAGCAAACCAUUGACAUAUCAGAUGUCAUUUCUUUUUUUCAUUAUGAGAAAGAUAAUAUUGUACAGAAGUAUUUUUCAAAGCAGCAUUAAAAUUUCUGAACUGC